AUGGCAGGUCACUGGCGCGCACUGCCGCUAGUUUUCUCUGCACCCAGUGGCGCUGGUGCUGCGCUGCGGGUCUCAGCAGAUGCGCGAGACGCUCUGCUUUUGAUGAAUGCCCAGAAUGUGCGCGUUCUCGGCUUAUUCGGCCCCCCAGCGAGCGGCAAACGUCUGCUGCUCCACACACUGCUACAGCCUCAAGUAGAAGACUUUUCUGCUGCGUUUGAGGGCGAAAGUAACGUGUUGCUAUGGCUGUGGCUGUAUCAAGACGGAAGUGCGGAGACUAGAGACAAAGCUCACAUCGUUCUGGCUGCUGGAGCGGCACUAGAAACCGAGAACGGACAACUUGCUGAGGACCAAAAGCUGGCGCUACUCUUGCUGCUCUCGUCGGCACUAAUGUACAACACAGACGGAGAGAUUAGUGCUGAGGCUGUGGAUAGCCUGAAAUGGGUCGAGAAGGUGGCGCAGGUGCUGAGAAUCAAGGCCAUGCAGGACGAAGAAGCUGUGGCUAGUGAGUUCCAUGAACAUGCGCCCAAAUUCAUCUGGCUAGCCAGAAAUUUUAAGAUAAAGUGGCUCAAGGAUGCAGAGGGACACAAAUUGACACCUUCGCAGUAUCUCGAACAGUGUUUAUCCCCUGAAGGAGGCUACGGAGACGCUGCUACCAGGAGGAAUAUGCUGCGUAUGUAUGUGGAGUCGUACUUUCCAGUGAGAGAUUGCGCGACGCUGAGUCGUGCAGUGGAGGCCAAUGGAACGGAGGCUGUGCUGCCUGAGACGCCACGCAGCGAACUGCGCACGCAGUUUGUCGAGGCAGUGGACGAGUUGUACGCGGACUAUUUAUCGGAAAAGGCUCAGAAGCUACCGUCGAAGCAGUUGAUGGGCCAUGAGCUGCGCUCGGAACAAUUUGUAGCGGUGCUGGACGCCUACGUGGAUGCACUGAAUGCCGGACAGUUUCCAACGAUGCAGAAGGCGUCAAACGCACUAGGAAAUGACGGCGAAAGGGCCAUAAGCGAGCGAGCUCUGUAUGUUGCGCAUUUCCGUGGAGUUCAGACAGCCAUGGCACAUCUUCGUGAAGUGCGAUCAAAGCUUCCGGAGAGGCUGCAAAGAACUUUGUUCAAGGAUAAUGUAGCGAGUUGGGAAGCACAGGUGAAGCGUGACUUUCUGGAGACCCUAGAGAACAACACCAAGCUGUCAGCAGGUAUCUGCACCAAGAUCCUCGAGCGUGUCAUUCCACAGAACCUCGAGUCUAUGGCAACCGAACUGGCUGAAAGAUCACGAGAGGAGUUCUCUGAUGGUUUGGUGCGUCUGGUGACGCAGUACAAGUCGGACCUUCGGAGUGCUCUCGACGAGUACGCGCAGCAAAGCAGCGGACCGGCAGUGGGUUUUUGUCUCGAGCAGGCCCUGUUGCAGUCUGUAGGUGGAUCCAUUCAGAAGUGGAGCGCGAUGGUGCUUGAACAGUACAAGACACACAUGCGGAGCUGGAAGGACGAGAAGGAGACACUGGCUCGUGAGUACGAGCUUUCCAAGGUGCAGGAUGCAGAAACGACCGCGUCUGCGAACGACCAGAAGCAUUUGUAUGAAUCGAAACUGGCACAGGCUACUGAGCAACUCUCUGAACUGCGUCGAACGCUCCACAGCGAGCUUAACCAAACGAAGAGUGAGCUGGAACGACGCAAGACUGAGCUUGCGACCAUGAAUCUGAAGCACGAAGUACAUGUGCAGAACGCCGAGAGCGACCUUGCGUGGGCUCGCAGUCGGACAGAGGAGCUGGAGAAGUCCAUCGUUGCAGACCGUCAACGCAAAGAAGAGAUUUCAGCUGCCGCCUCGCAAGUUCUGGAACGACAGCGCAGUUUUCACAAGGAAGAGCGAUUGCUGCUGGUUGAGCAGAAAGAGUUGAUGGCUCAGAUUGUUCAAUUGGAGCGCGAGCUCGUGCACAAGAAGACGAAACACGUCCAGAAGGUCUUUGGUCUGCAGAACGAACACGCCAAGAAGGUGGAUCGUAUGCGGACGGAGCAGGCCAACUUCGAGCGCCAGUUGAAAUCUCAGGCGAGAAAAGACAAGAACUCGCUCAAACUGGCGCAUGAAAAGGAGAAGAAAUCUAAACUCGCGGAGUGCGCAGCGUUGGACAAAGAGACGGCAGAUAUUCAGGGGAAGUUGGCCGUGUUUGAGGCUGAAGACGAGGCGGCCAGGUCUUCCGCCGCUGCUAAUCGAGAUUUUUUCAAGUCGAUGCCAAUGAUUUCGCUUCCGCUGAUGCAAGCUCCUGCCCCCGCUGCAGGUGAACACCAACCAGCAGGGCGAUCCAUGAAAGCUUUGACGUCGAAAGACUACACGACUCCCAUCCGAUUUGGCUCGUUAGAUGACACGUCCACAAGCUCUGCGAGUCCAACCACCAGGAGUGAAGCUCCACAGAGCAACGAUAUGUGUAAGCAAUCCUGAAGAACCAACGCAAAUUAUUUUUUACCGACUGACCCAGUCUAAGCACCGCGUAGCUCUUGAUUUUCGGUCCUAGUAAUGAUGAUAUCAGUUAACAUUGUGGAGGUGCCGCUGAUUCAGAAAUAGCGGAUGAAC